AAGUAAUAACCUUUAUUAUUUUUCCAUAGAAAAAUCAAAUUUCUGUUGAUUUACAAAUAAAUUUGUCAACUUCAAACCACAUAUCCAAUUUCAAAUUGUGAUUGUGAGCUUAAAACUCUAGCCACAAAACUAAAAAUGGAGCUAUGAUACCAUUUUAUUUCAUCAAACAAAUUCAAAUAUCAAAUAUUUGAAAAAAUACCUUUCUAUUAUUAUCACUAUCUCCUCAUAAAUGGAGAAAAACCUUACAAAAAUCAUUCAAAAUUUUAUUUUCAAGUCCAAAAUUGCUCUACAAAUAUCACUUUCUUUAAUUUUAUUUACUGUAGUUACCCUACAAUCAUCAAAAAACCUUUCUUUCAAGAAACUCUACACUUCACUACAUAUUAGUGAUCAUAUCAAUGGAGCUCCAUAUUAUUUUAGCCCAACAAAAUGUGAUAUAUUCUCGGGUGAAUGGGUUCAUGAUUCAGAUGCUCCAUAUUAUACUGGUGAAACUUGUAGCUAUAUAGAAGAACAUCAAAACUGCAUGAAACAUGGAAGACCCGAUACUGAAUUCAUGAAAUGGAGGUGGAAACCAAACGGGUGUGAGUUACCCGUAUUCGACCCGCAUCAUUUUUUGGAGAUUGUUAAAGAUAAGUCUAUGGCUUUUGUUGGUGAUUCCGUGGCUAGAAAUCAUAUGCAAUCCUUGUUAUGCCUUUUGUCUCGAGUAGAACAACCUUUGAAUAUAUCUACACCAAGUGAUUUAUAUAUCAAGCGUUGGUAUUAUCAAUCGUACAAUUUCACACUUGCUAUGUUUUGGAGUCCAUUCUUGGUUAAAACCCAAGAAGAUGAUCCAAAUGAUACCUCCGGGAAGAAACUAUUUGGGCUUUUUCUUGAUGAGCCCAAUUCGUUAUGGGCUGAUCGAAUCGAUGGGUUCGACUUUGUCGUCAUGUCCGCGGGCCAUUGGUUUCUUCGGCCCCUUAUCUAUUACGAGUCGGGCCAAUUAGUGGGUUGUCGUCUUUGCGAAACCAAGAAUGUGACAAACUAUUCGUACUCCUUAGCAUAUAAAAACGCGUUUCGUACUGCUUUUCAAACAAUUUUAGCAAGAGAAACUUUUCAAGGCAGAGUUUUUUUGAGAACAUUUUCUCCGGAUCAUUUUGAAGGCGGACAAUGGGACAAUGGAGCGGAUUGCAUAAGGCAAAAGCCCAUGAAGAUUAAUGAUACGGAUGCAAAAUCGUAUAUAUUAGAGAUGAAUAUGGUUCAAUUAGAAGUAUUUAAAGAAGCUCAAACGUUGGCCCAAAAACGUGGGUUGAAUUUUGGACUUUUGGAUAUAACUCGAAUUAUGUUGAUGAGGCCGGACGGACAUCCGAGUAAAUAUGGGAGGCCCCCACAUUUGCCACAUUGGAAUGAUUGUGUUCAUUGGUGCUUACCCGGUGCUAUUGAUACUUGGAAUGAAAUUUUGCUUCAGGUGUUAAGAAAAUGAAGCAAAAAUUGUUCUGCUAAAUACAGAUUUUUGUAUGAGAUGAUCUCAAUGUAAAACGCGCUUUAUACAUGUGUUAAAUAGCCCAACUAAUACAAAUUAUUAAUAUAUAAUCUCCUUAUUUUAAAGCCAUCUCACAAAAACGGCCUCUCAUGAAAAUAUCUUGUUACUAAAUUACUGGUUAGGUUCAAAUGUAUGUAUAUUGUGAUUCUUUUAUUGCAAAAAAGUUUGUAAAUGUAUAGAAAGGAUUCAAUUUGAUAUAAAAAAAAUCCAAUAUGGUGUGUUUU